UGAAGAUGGGCGGGGCCAUAUAGCGCAUGCUCGGGGAGUGCUAUGCUUCGCUAGGAGACGAGUCAGUUUGGAAACAGAAAGUGUAGCGUAGAAACAUGGCGCACUACAGAGCAUCAGAAUCAAAACGUGAACAGUUUCGGAGGUAUUUGGAAAAAGCCGGCGUCCUCGACAGUCUUACAAACGUGUUGGUUGCUCUCUACGAAGAGCCUGAAAAGCCCAAUAAUGCCCUAGACUUUCUAAAGCAACAUUUGGGGGUAAUUGGACCAGAGACUGCAGAUGUUGAAACGCUAAGGGCUGAAGUUGCAGAACUUCGGCAAAAAUAUGACACAGUCAUGGAAGAAAACAAAGAACUUCGAGCCAAGCUUUUGCAGUAUGAAACUUCUCAAGAAGAUGGACGUACAGAGUAGUUGACACAUUCUCUAAGAAAGUAUUAAAAUUAAUAUUCUAAACAAGUAAAUGGAAAGCCUGAACUUUGCAAGAGAAUCGUGAUAUUUAAAAAAUGUUAUGCUGCAUAUUUAUGCAGUUUGAAUGUACAAUUUGUUGAACUUUAAAAUUGUAAUUUAUACAAGUACUGUAUAUAACAAGCAAGAAAAUUGGUAACUUUGCUCCUAUAGAUGGUGCAAUAUGUUUUAUUAAAUAUUUAAACUUGUAUAAUAUGUCCAUUUCUUUGGCUUUGCCAAAGUGAUUUGUAGUUUCUUUUUGGGUGUUUCAGCUUGAGAAAACAGACAUUUAUACAGUGGAAUUUCAUAGCUUGAAAGCAAAGUAAAAUGUAUAAUCUUAAGACUGCACAUACACUGUAUUUUCAGUCCUGUAUAGCUAGAAUUGUCAAUUUCAAUGGCUUUAAAAGUUUUUCACAUUUGAGCAAUACAGUACUUUACAAAAUGUAUGUAAAAUAGUAUGUUUUGUUAGUAAUACCAAAAUGGAAAUCAAGUUAACUGAAUAUCACUUGAAUUACCUUAAUAAAUACAUUGCUAAUUUUGAACACUGAA